CUGGUCUUUCGAGUCACAUGUUUUGACAAGUAAACAUGGCGGACGAGGAUCCAAACACGAAAGUUGAAUGCGAAGACGUUCCUGCAAAAGAAGAAGAAACCGAGGCUACGGAACCUGAUCAGAAUGAUGUGGCCGACGAGGUCCAGAAGGACAAACGGGCAGACAGCUCCUGGUCGGGGCCGAUUUUGUCGUUUGCUCGUAAAGCGACAGAGACGCUGAGCAGUGGAGUGAAUCACUACAGCGCGGGGUUAAAGGGAUCUGACACAUCACAACACAGCCCUGACACCUCAGACCCCCUGAAGACAGGAGCUGUGAAGGAUCCCACGGUGGUGGAGAGGUCAAACCUCCUCAGCAUGAUGAAGCUCAGCAUUAAGGUUCUGAUCCAGUCCUCCCUCAGUCUCGGCCGCACGCUGGACUCUCAAUAUCCACCUCUGCAGCAGUUCUUUGUAGUUCUGGAGCACUGCCUAAAACAUGGGUUAAAAGUGAAGAAGACUUUCAUUGGUCAGAACAAGUCUAUCUGGGCUCCUCUGGAGUUGAUAGAGAAACUGUGCCCUGAGUCAGCUGACAUUUCCACCAGUGUGCGGGAUAUGCCUGGAAUCAAGACAGGCCUCGGGCGAGCUCGAGCAUGGCUGCAUCUGGCUCUAAUGCAGAAAAAAAUUGCAGACUACAUGAAAGAGCUUAUAAAUAGAAAAGACCUUCUUGGGGAGUUUUAUGAGCCUGGGGCUCUUAUAAUGGAGGAGGAGGGGACUGUAAUCGUAGGGAUGCUGGUGGGUCUGAAUGUGAUCGAUGCCAAUCUGUGUGUGAAAGGAGAGGAUCUAGAUUCCCAGGUGGGCGUCAUUGACUUCUCAAUGUAUCUAAAGGAUCCUCAAGCAACUGAGACCACACAAGAUGAUUCAAAAAUGACAGCCAUUCUUGACCAGAAGCACUACAUAGAAGAACUGAACCGCCAUCUGAGCUGCACGGUGACGGAUCUUCAGGCCAAGAUGGACUCGCUGGAGAAGACCAACAGCAAACUCAUCGAGGAGCUUACAGCAGCCACAGACAGAAUCAACGCUCUGCGUGAAGAGCAGGAGCAACUUAAACAAGAAAAUGCUAACAUUCUCCAAACUAGUCAGAGGAAAGAGGAGGUGACUCUGCAAGAUAGUCAGUUAGAGCUAGAAACAUAUCGACAGACGCGGCAGGGUUUGGAUGAAAUGUACAGUGUAGUUUGGAAGCAGUACAAGGAAGAGAAAAGAAUCCGGCAGGAGCUGCAAAAGGAGCUGGAGCUGCAGAUCGGUUUGAAGCAGGAAAUGGAGGUCGCCAUGAAACUCCUGGAAAAGGACACUCAUGAGAAACAAGACGCGCUGGUCGCACUGCGACAACAACUAGAUCAAGUCAAGAAUCUCAACUUACAGAUGUUCAACAAAGCACAGGAGUCUGACCGAGUGGCCCAGAAAAAAGAGGAGGACAUGGAACGACUUGAAAAGAAGAUGAUUCAGAUGGAAGCAGCCAUGAAGGAACUAGAGCAGAGGCUUCAAAAUUCAGAAAAUGUGCUCAAAAACACGGAUGAAAGCCAGAAUGAGCUGAGAUCGGAGAUGAAGGGGAAAGUGAAUGCUCUGCAGAAGCGUCUCACUGACCUCGACACACUCAGGGCAGGCCUGGAGUCGGAGCUUAGUGUGGAGAAAGAGCAGCGUCAGAGCCUGCAGAGGGAGCUACACAGAGAACAGGACAACAGCGCAGAGCUGCGCACACAACUGCAGCAGCUGCAGGGCCUGCAGACGGAGCUGCUUGAUCUUCGACAGGAGAAGAAACAGCUCCAGCAGCUGUGUGAGGAGCAGGAGCAGGCUCUACAGGAGAUGGGCCUUCAUCUCAGCCAAUCCAAACUCAAGAUGGAGGACUUCAAAGAGGUCAACAAAGCCUUGAAGGGUCAUGCCUGGCUGAAAGACGAUGAAGCUACACAGUGCAAGCAGUGCCAAAAAGAAUUCUCAAUCUCUCGGAGAAAACACCAUUGCAGGAACUGUGGAGACAUCUACUGCAACAGCUGCUCCAGUAAUGAGCUGGCUCUGCCCUCGUACCCCAAACCUGUCCGCGUAUGUGACGUCUGCCAUUGCCUUCUGCUCCAGAGGAGCUCCAUCAGAUCCUGACAGCACUCAACAUAUCUGCUGAAACUACAGGCCACCUGUAUUAAUCAAACUCUCAGUCUCCUUGUUUAUAACACUUACACAUACAUUUCUUGUGGCACCGCUGGUUUCCGUUUGACUGAGACAUUUGAUUGUUGCAAAAUCAUAUGCAAAGUUUCUUUGACAGGAAAAUGCUAGGAGAAUUAGAAACUAACAUUAAUCUGAUUGUAUUUAUAAUGAUAGUCUCCAUUUUAGGGAGAGCACUAACACAUAUAAGCCUUUCAGUGGUUCAUCAAGAGUGAAUACAGAGGAUUCAUAUUUCAAAAUAGGACCGAAUUAAGUUUGUAAUGAUUUUGUAAAUUCUGGUAAGUGUUCAGUUUUAAUUUGAAUAAUUAAGGAGCAUAGCAUUUCUAAAUUGUAAUCUUUAUCACAAAUUAUCACUAAUUUUUUGUGCAUUUAAUCUGUGCAUGUCAUACAAAAACACACCACUAUCAAAGGUAAAAAAAAAGUGGGAUCAGUUCCUGUUUAAAGUUGAAAGGAAACGUUGAUCAUUCAUACAACCAUUCUUAUAUAUGAGUUGAACAACGUUUUUAUGAACACCUUUGUUCUGCUGAUAUCAUGAAUGACGCUCAAAAGUCUGUAAGUGAAUUUUCGUUGUCCAAAGGUGAAAUUACAUUUAUAGUAUGCAAAACUUUUUUUGCUAAUGCCAGUCAAAAAAACAUUUUUAUACAACUUUUUAAGGCUCUCGGAAUACAAAAUUUCUAUUUUAGAUUGUAUGACAGUUUCCUGUGUUGUACCUUCUUUUGUCUCCUGUUCUGUUCAUGAAGCUUUAAUGAAGUUUCUGAAGAUUUUAUAGAAUUGUGUACGGUUUAAUAAACACUGCCUCAAACUAUU